CCUCAUCCAAGACUGAGAACCAAUUAUCCAUCCCAACCUUUCGCUAUUGUAAUCGUCUGGUGAGGGCAUCAACGUUACUCUCAAGUCUUUGGUCGAAAGUGACUCUACUGCGCCGUCCGAAUCCAUAGCGACUCGGAGAAUUUCAGUCGCAUACCAAUAUCCUAAUAUCCCGGAACGAUGAACGCACAACGAGUUGGCCUCCGGGCUCUACGGCAAGCCGCCGUCAAGAAGCCCAACGCCCUCUUCUUCGAGAACCUCCCUCGCCUUGCCCUGGGUGCGAAUGCGGCAAGCCUACAGAUCAGAAGCGCAUCAACCCAAAAGCUUUCCGAGAAUGACGCCCAAUCCCUACUCGCCUCCCAACGACGACAGCGCCCCGUAUCUCCUCACCUAACAGCCUACGACCCCACCCAGACGUGGUUCGGUGCCUCGAUUUGGACCCGUAUCACCGGGCAGUCUCUUAGCGUGUCCCUCUACGCCUUCUCGCUCGCCUACUUAGUAGCUCCUCUGACCGGUUGGCAUAUUGAAUCUGCUACUCUAGCCUCAGCGGCCGCCUCUCUUCCUCCCGCCGUCUUUACUGGCCUCAAGACUCUUGUUGCCUGGCCCUUCUUCUUCCACUUCGCAAAUGGUGUCCGCCAUCUUACUUGGGACUUGGCCUACGGCUUCAAGAAGGAGACUAUCGAGAAGACCAGCUAUACCGUCUUGGGUGUUAGCGUAGUCGCUACCCUAGCUGCUGUUUUCCUACUAUGAUCAAUCCGAGGCGCUACAAGAAUAAAGAUUACGGGAUAUGCCGGUAUGGAUAGUGGCCGAUGUGUUGGAAUUGGGGGCGUUGGGUUGUGUGGACUACGAAGGGGUUCAUUAGGGUUAGUCUUUCAUCCACUGCCCACCGGUUGAACCUGAUAAAAACCUGAUGGAUU